AUGGCACCCUCCUUUCUCAAGGAACUCCGGCGGCGGUCCAAGUCUAGUUUCAGAACCGACAGGAGCACUGAGUCAAGUGAGGCCUCCACCGUUUCCUCCGUGCCAGUAGCCAAAUCCUCUUCGACCCUCUCGAACGGGACCUUCGGUGGGACUACCCCUCCAACCGUCACCAAUUCGCCAUCCGCGGCGUCCAGUCUCCAGAAUCUCAUGAUGGCCAAGGCCCCUCCUCCUGUACCUCCCUCUCGCCCAGCUGUCUCAACCUCCCCGAACAAGAGGUAUAGCGUGUCAGGCAUGGCGGGCCUGGGCUCUCCCUCACCACAAUCAACACUUCCGACCUCCCUAUAUGCUCCACGGGUUUUAUCAAUUGCGGACAACACAUGGGUAUAUCAGAAGGUUCUUUCGCUCUAUGGAACAAUCGCAGAUCCAGCAACCCAGGCUUUGGAAGGGAAUCUCACAAUUAGCCGGCUCGAUGAUGGGUUUCCACCGACCUACUGGCCUGUUGCCGAGUCCCAUUUCAAAGCUCUUGUAUAUCUCGUACCAGGCCCUAACCGGUUGAGACUGGACUUCAGCUCGCCAAAGCUUGCGAAUAAUAACACAUCAAACCCCAUCCACUCCUCCUACCUCACAAUCCACAUGCUCCCACCGCUCUGCUCGCCGCCCCUGCAAUUGGUCAUUCUCUUAGCUAAGGACUCGCCGGGCACAUUUGAUACUGUACCUUCUCGAUUAGAGAAGGAGGGUAACGGCUUAAAAACCGCGAUUCGGAAGUACAGGAUGGCUGCGUAUCUUUGGCAAGCCUUCACAGCGGAACAAAUGUUCCGCAACAAACUCGGAAGGAGAGUAUUUAGGUUGGAGGAGGAGUGGACUACGGGCACAUCCAAUCACCGAGAUCGUGAAAUGGGUGUCAUGAGAAGUGAGGCAAAGGUCCAUGUUGUCCGGUCUGAUAAAACGAUGGCCGAGAUACGCGAUCUCGACCUGGCCCAGCAAAACCCUAAGGCUAAGCGGAGUGGUGAUCUGUAUGGCAUCGCUGCUGACGCUGUGAGAGAUUACUUUAAGCCAAUGCCGGGCCAGAAACAGUACGUUUCAGUGUUGAUCCUGGACUCCCAUUGGGAUAAGGCAAGUCAGACUAUCACUGGCCAUGCUGCCUUGGGUGGCCAAAGUGGAGAUAUACAGCUUGCUAUUUUCGGGUCUCAAGCAUUGCAAAGCUAUCCUUCGAGUAUCGAAGAGGUGGUUCCGGCCUUUUCUGAUUGCACGCCAACCGACACCAAUUACGUUGCUAACGAUUGCAACGAGUCGGGAAGCAACUGGGAAGCGGCGAACAUUGGAAUCGGUGCCCACAUGCACGAGGUGGGACAUUUAUUUGGAUGCCCUCAUCAGGAGAAUGGAGUUAUGCUUCGCGACUACGUGACCUUGAAUCGGACUUUUACAACUCGAGAACCAUAUUCGACUCGAACCAAGUCCAAAGGAGGAUUGGUUUUACGCCAAGAUGAAUGUACAUGGCACCGACUUGACUGUUUAAGGUUUAGAGCUCACCCCUGUUUCGCCCUGCCAACAGAUCCGCCCCGGCCGUGUGAUGACUCAGUGCAGGUAUGGCCGGUGGAUGCUGGAAAUGUCAUUAUUACUGCGGCAUCGGGCGUUGCAUUUAUCGAGAUAUUCACCGAGGGUGAUGACGUCUGCCACUUCUGGCAAGAGUUUUGUGAUGGCAAUGGCAGCGGGCAGAUCCAGAAACAGUACAUGUUAACGGAGCAGGAAUUGCGGAAUCGAUUGCCAGAGGAUCGAAAGAAAUCUAAGUUGCGGCUUUCCAUUAAAUCAGGUACUGGUGGUAGCCACGACGUCGAGAACUUCGAUCUACUAGCAUCCAAAGCCUCAAGAGUAAAACUUCCUAAUGGACAACUGGCAUUCAGGAGUAGUAAGCUGGGUCUCUCGCAGAUGGAAGGCUCCCAGCCGCAAGAGGUCAUAUUUGACAGUACAAUCCAUCAAACGAAACUAAUGACUCAGGUCAGGGUCUAUCACGGAUUUGCGCUGGAUGGAAUCGAGUUCAUCUACGAGGACUCCACGUCUCAACUAUUUGGCAAGCGGGGUGGUUCGCCUAGCGACUUUCUACUAGAUACCCGGCGUGGAGAGUAUGUAACUGGAUUCUUUGUUAGAAGUGGAUUCUGGGUGGAUGGAGUCGCCAUCAUAACCAGCCUUGGUAGAAAAUCGCCCAUUUUCGGGAAUCCUGACAGCGGCUCUGGACAUACUUUGAUACCCCCGAGAGGAUAUAGCAUUGCAGGAGUUACUGGAUCCUGUGCAAACUGGGUAGAUGGGUUUGGCAUCCUCAUUACUCGAUGA